AUGCCCCCACAAAAUGCUAAAUAUACAUCUCCUGCAAUUCAGAAAGAGAUUCUACAGGUAUUUGCUAACAAAGUGCAAAAAGAAAUUCGUGAGGAAAUUGGUGAUUCAAAGUAUUAUAUUAUUGUUGAUGGAUCUCGAGACAUAUCUAAAAGAGAACAAAUGGCUAUUGUUUUAAGGUUUGCCGACAAAGAUGGUUAUUUAAGAGAGCGGUUUUUUGAGCUAGUACAUGUCAAAGAUACUACCUCUAAGACUCUUAGAGAAGAAAUUUCUAUGGUUUUAUCUAACCAUGAGUUGAGCAUUCAAAACCUUAUAGGACAAGGUUAUGAUGGUGCUAGUAAUAUGCGAGGAGAAUGGAAUUGCUUAAAGGCUUUGUUCAUGGAAGAAUGUCGCUAUGCUUACUAUCUCUUCUUAGCUUCUAAAUGUCAUGAUGAGUUACAAGCUAGCCAAAUAGCUGAAUUGGAUAAUUUGAUUGAGAUUGAGGAAAUUGAAACAGCGAAAGGAUUGAACCAAAUUGGCACGUUGCAACGUCCUGGGGAUACUAGAUGGAGCUCUCAUUAUAAGUCAAUUUAUAGUCUAUUAAAAAUGUACAAUGCAACUCGCUCAGUCCUUGAAAAAAUAGGCAUUGAUCAUCGGGUAUCAUAUUCUAAACGCGGGGAUGCACAAUCUGCUCUACAAAAGUUGGUAGCAUUUGAUUUUGUAUUUAUUUUACUCCUUAUGGAAGAUCGUAUGGGAUAUACAGAUGGUCUUUGUCGAGCUUUGCAGCAUAAAUCACAAGACAUUUUAAAUGCUAUGCAUUUAGUUGUUGGUAUAAAAUCCUUGAUUCAAAAUUAUAGAGAUAACGGUUGGGAAUCUCUUUUACAAAAAGUACAAUCAUUCUGCCUUAAACAUGAUACUCAAGUACUAGAUAUGAAAGUUGCUUAUUCUGAAAUAAUUCGAUCUCGGCGCAGCAAAUACACCAUAAUAGUGGAGCAUCGUUAUCGGGUGGAUGUGUUUAAUGCAGCUGUAGAUCAACAAUUGCAAUAUCUAAAUAGUCUCUUUAGUGAACGAACAUCAGCGCUACUCACUUUAAGUGCGUCUUUGAGUCCUAUUGAUGGAUAUAAACACUUUAAUGCGGAAAACAUUUGUCUCCUUGGAGGAAUUUUCAGAGUAUGA